AUGGAUCUGUCUGAUGUUCAGCAGCAGAUGUCUAGCGGCCUCAACUUUGGCAUGAUGCAAGCGCUGCGAACGGGCAACCCGAUCCUGGACGUGUUAAUCUGCAUGCUCAUCCCGGUCCUCUUCAGCUUCCUGCUAGGGCAGAACACCUCUGAUCCGCUGAGCUCGAAGUGCAUCGAUUCUGCACGCUAUGUGUAUGACUUCAUUACUGGCACGAAAACGUACAUUCGACGUGUCGAGUACGAGGACCGGGGCCAACGCUACAUCGGAGAUGAUCGGACUGCUCUGGAUACCUCCUCACGCAACAACAUCUUGCAGAAAGCUAUCAAGAUUUACUUGCAAGAGAAAUGUUCGCUGGAAAUCGACGACGCUGAAGUGUUCCUCCUACCACAGAAGGAGAUCAAGCUGGAAAAAGAUCAGUACGGGGAUGUGUGUCUCUUCAGUGGCAGCUACAAACAGCUAUUGGCCUACUCCGUCAACCGGCUGCCAAAGAAGGAUCACUGGAUUGUUGUGGAUGAUAUGCAUCCCAACCUCUACUUCCGACAGUCACUGGACGUUUCAGAAGAAGGCCCAGACGCAGCCAUGGGUCUGACAGUUUGUCUCGCAGCUGCUCUUGCUGCCGCCUUCACCGCGACAGCGAUGUCGCAAGACUCCCCGGCGGAGCUCCUUCGUGAGCUGCAGGCCCAAAAGGCGUUGUUGGAGGAGCAGCGAAAGGAGCUGAAGCAGAUGACCGAAACCCAGGAGAGCAUGGCUGGCGCCAUGGAUUCGGCUUGGCUGGUCCUCUGUGGGGCUCUAGUCAUGUUUAUGCAUGCAGGAUUUGCAAUGUUGGAGACAGGCUGCUGCCGCGCAAAGAAUGCCUCAAACGUCCUGAUGAAAAAUUUGGUCAAUGUGUCAGUCGGCACAUUGGGUUGGUGGAUGUUUGGCUGGGCCCUUGCCUAUGGCUCCCAAGCCGGGUCUUUCAUUGGCACAGAUGGCUUCUUCGGCCUGGGUUUCUACACCAAAGAUGCAUCGGGCAACAUCGUUCCGGUGGAGUGUGAAGACGGGAACUGCCAGUCCACGAUGCUGAGUUGGUUCUUCCAGUGGGCCUUCUGCACGGCUGGCACCAACCUGAGUUGUCGUGUCCUAUCGUGCGCCACCAUCGUGAGCGGAUGCGUAGCGGAGCGUGUCAAGAGUCCCACCUACGCUUUCUUCGCCUUCUGCAUGACUUCCUUUAUUUACCCGGUUGUGGUAGCAUGGACCUGGGGCGGCGGCUGGCUCGCCAGCAUCUUCGAUGUGGGAUAUAUGGAUUUCGCCGGCUCAGGUGUUGUCCAUUUCACAGGAGGCGUUUGCGGCCUCGCUGGCACGGUCAUCCUCGGCCCUCGGAGGGGACGCUUCGAGAAUCCCGAGGAGUUCGAGUACCACAAUGUCCCGCUGGUCGUGCUCGGAACCUUCGCGCUUUGGUUCGGUUGGUAUGGCUUCAACCCAGGCUCCACCCUCUCGAUGCAUGAUAAGGAGAUGGGUGCCCUUGCAGCACAGGUGGCAAUGAACACCACUCUCUCCGCCGCCACCUGCGGGAUCACCGUGUUCUUGCUGAAGUUCGUGCUCGUGCGCAAGUACGAUGUCGGCGCGCUCUGUAACGGCAUUCUUUCCGGCUUGGUGUCUAUCACCGCGGGCUGUGGAAACAUGGAGUGCGGCAGCGCUGUUCUCACCGGCUUCAUUGGUGCCUUUUUCUACCAGGCGGCAUCAAGUCUCCUUGUGAGAUUGAAGAUUGACGACCCAGUGGAUGCCAGCGCAGUGCACGGAGCCUGUGGCAUUUGGGGGCUUCUCGCCGCUGGUCUCUUCGAUUGGGGGAAGGGCUUUGACCACUAUCACGGCUGGAGCGGUUUCGGCUGCAUGGCCGGCGAUGAUGGUGCAUGCCGCAGCGGCUUGGGAGGCGCCGCCGUUGGAGCGCAGAUUGUAAUGAUCCUCGCUAUCAUCGCAUGGGCAGGUACGCUAUCCACGCUGUCCUUCCUGGUCCUGAAGUUUUCGGGUCUUCUUCGUAUUGGUGAGAACAUUGAGAAGGUCGGCUACGACAUGCAUUCGCACUCUCCGCCGAAGGCCUACGCUUUCAGUGGCAACGUUUGUCUCGCAGCUGCUCUUGCUGCCGCCUUCACCGCGACAGCGAUGUCGCAAGACUCCCCGGCGGAGCUCCUUCGUGAGCUGCAGGCCCAAAAGGCGUUGUUGGAGGAGCAGCGCAAGGAGCUGAAGCAGAUGACCGAAACCCAGGAGAGCAUGGCUGGCGCCAUGGAUUCGGCUUGGCUGGUCCUCUGUGGGGCUCUAGUCAUGUUUAUGCAUGCAGGAUUUGCAAUGUUGGAGACAGGCUGCUGCCGCGCAAAGAAUGCCUCAAACGUCCUGAUGAAAAAUUUGGUCAAUGUGUCAGUCGGCACAUUGGGUUGGUGGAUGUUUGGCUGGGCCCUUGCCUAUGGCUCCCAAGCCGGGUCUUUCAUUGGCACAGAUGGCUUCUUCGGCCUGGGUUUCUACACCAAAGAUGCAUCGGGCAACAUCGUUCCGGUGGAGUGUGAAGACGGGAACUGCCAGUCCACGAUGCUGAGUUGGUUCUUCCAGUGGGCCUUCUGCACGGCUGGCGCCACCAUCGUGAGCGGAUGCGUAGCGGAGCGUGUCAAGAGUCCCACCUACGCUUUCUUCGCCUUCUGCAUGACUUCCUUUAUUUACCCGGUUGUGGUAGCAUGGACCUGGGGCGGCGGCUGGCUCGCCAGCAUCUUCGAUGUGGGAUAUAUGGAUUUCGCCGGCUCAGGUGUUGUCCAUUUCACAGGAGGCGUUUGCGGCCUCGCUGGCACGGUCAUCCUCGGCCCUCGGAGGGGACGCUUCGAGAAUCCCGAGGAGUUCGAGUACCACAAUGUCCCGCUGGUCGUGCUCGGAACCUUCGCGCUUUGGUUCGGUUGGUAUGGCUUCAACCCAGGCUCCACCCUCUCGAUGCAUGAUAAGGAGAUGGGUGCCCUUGCAGCACAGGUGGCAAUGAACACCACUCUCUCCGCCGCCACCUGCGGGAUCACCGUGUUCUUGCUGAAGUUCGUGCUCGUGCGCAAGUACGAUGUCGGCGCGCUCUGUAACGGCAUUCUUUCCGGCUUGGUGUCUAUCACCGCGGGCUGUGGAAACAUGGAGUGCGGCAGCGCUGUUCUCACCGGCUUCAUUGGUGCCUUUUUCUACCAGGCGGCAUCAAGUCUCCUUGUGAGAUUGAAGAUUGACGACCCAGUGGAUGCCAGCGCAGUGCACGGAGCCUGUGGCAUUUGGGGGCUUCUCGCCGCUGGUCUCUUCGAUUGGGGGAAGGGCUUUGACCACUAUCACGGCUGGAGCGGUUUCGGCUGCAUGGCCGGCGAUGAUGGUGCAUGCCGCAGCGGCUUGGGAGGCGCCGCCAUUGGAGCGCAGAUUGUAAUGAUCCUCGCUAUCAUCGCAUGGGCAGGUACGCUAUCCACGCUGUCCUUCCUGGUCCUGAAGUUUUCGGGUCUUCUUCGUAUUGGUGAGAACAUUGAGAAGGUCGGCUACGACAUGCAUUCGCACUCUCCGCCGAAGGCCUACGCUUUCAGUGGCAACGACCCCAAGUCGUCGUCAAGUGAAGAGUCGGGGUCAGAGGGGUGCUUGUGA